AUGUCUCUCCUCCACCUCCUCCUCCACCUCCUCCUCCACCUCCUGCUGCCGGGGAGCCGCGCUCAGACAGGUCCGUUCUCACGCUGCCGCUCGCUGCGAAGUUCCGAGGCUGGACCGGGAUGGGAGUUCUACGCCUGCCAGCCGGAUCCGGCCAACAUGAAGGAAGUCAUGCAGAUCAGAGUCGACCCGCCUGGGAUUACCUGUGGAAACCCACCUGAACGCUUCUGCACACUGGAGAACCCGUACCUGUGCAGUGAUGAGUGCGACGCGUCCAGCCCCGACCUGUCUCACCCCCCCCAGCUGAUGGGUGACAGGGAGAGGGGCGGGCUCAUCACCUAUUGGCAGACGGUCACAUGGUCCAGGUAUCCUGAGCCGCUAUUGGCCAACAUCACGCUGUCGUGGAACAAGAGUCUGGAGGUGGUCGAUGACAUCAUCGUCACGUUCGAGUACGGCCGUCCAACCAGCAUGGUCCUGGAGAAGUCCCUGGACAAAGGUGGAACGUGGCAGCCGUACCAGUUCUACGCUGAUGACUGCAUGGAGGCCUUCGGCAUGGCUCCUAAACGCGUCUCUGAUCUGACGCCCAGCAACCUGACGCGGGUCAUCUGCACCGAGCAGUACUCCCGCUGGGUCGGAGCCAAGGAGGAGAAGCUGGUGGUGUUCGAGGUGCGAGCUCGGUUCGGGGUGUUUGCGGGUCCGAAGCUGAUCAACAUGGACGCGCUGUUCACGCGCAUGGAGACCAUGAAGGGCCUCCGAGACUUCUUCACCUUCACCAACCUCCGCCUGCGGCUGCUCCGCCCGGCGCUGGGAGGAACCUACGUCCAGAAGGACAACCUGCUCAAGUACUUCUACGCCAUCUCCAACAUCGACGUACCUGCCAGGUGUAGGUGUAACCAGCAUGCGUCUCAGUGUGUGCUGCGUGAUGCAACGCUGCAGUGUGACUGCGACCACGGAACCACCGGACAGGACUGCGAGCGCUGCAGCCGAGGGUUCACAUCCCGCAGCUGGAGACCCGGAUCCUUCCUGCCCCUGCCGAGAGGAACCGCCAAUACCUGUACUGACUCCUCCUUUACUCCUCUCAACUGUGAGUGUAACGGUCACUCCAACCGCUGCAGCUACAUCGACUUCAUCAACGUGGUGACGUGUGUGAGCUGCAAACACAACACCAGAGGACAGAACUGCCAGUACUGUCGCCUCGGUUACUAUAGAAACGCCUCCAGGCCUCUGGACGCCGAGGACGUGUGUGUGGAGUGUGGCUGCCACCCAGAGGGCAGUCUGUCUCCUCACUGCUCAGACUCGGGUCUCUGUCAGUGUAAGGACGGCGUCGCUGGGAGGAGCUGUGAGAACGUGUGUGACGAGCAGCAGCCGUGUCAGAACGGAGGAACCUGCGUCGACUUCACUCGCUGCGUCUGUCCAGAAACCUUCACAGGUACAUUCUGUGAGAAGACCAUCUGUCUGAAGAAGGGCGGUUGCCUUGACGACGCUGAGGGUUCCUCCUCAGCUGUGACAUCACACCUGUACCUGCUGAUCAUCAGCCUGCUGCUGACCCUAACCACUGAUGACAUCAUCACGAUGUGA